AUGCCCGCUAAUGAACAGCCAACUGGAGGCGACUCUGGACCAGCAGGCAACUCCCUUGUUAGUGAGCCCAUCAGUCAAGAAGUCGUGCCCCCUUGGCAACUUUUGGUGUCUGUUGCUGGUACCAUGCCUCCUAACAUCCACAGUAGUCUGGCACUCGAGCCUGCACAAGUGGAUCCAGUGUUGGGAGGUCUCAAAGACAUUACAAUGGAUGACAGUGAAUAUAUCCUCCCUGCUGUGAAAGGGCAGAGGCAUAAUGAGACAAAUGACAUCCUCCGUGAAGGCUUUAACAGGAACCACACUUGUGGCAUCAACAGUGUCAACCACUGGAAUACAUAUAGCGGCUACUUCAAAGACAAUCUCAAGCAGGAGCUUGCCAGACUCGGUGACAAGGCUCCUGACAUACCAGGAACACCAAGUGUUACUACCAUCCUAGAGUGCCAUGACCAGUCCAUAAUUCUCAGUGGUGUCCCUCAGACUGUUGCCAUGCGUGCACAGGAGUUUCAAAAGUUUUGUAAGAAGAUCAUCACAGUGAUGGAUGGAGGAGCUGUGCAGUUUGGAUUUGAAGUAGCUUUGGUAGCAUGUGGCAAAGUCAUUAAUCAAGAUGGUGGUCUCAGCCUGGCUUGUACAACUCCGGGAGCUGCUGGCAUAAGUUCAUUUUUUAGGUUUGCAUCUGACCUCAACAUCUUACACUCUCACAAUUCUGGCUCUCGCGUUGUGCAAGUAUAUAAUUUGUCAUCGCUUGUCAUUGUUGAGGAAGCCUUCCUGGGAGAUAACGAUGUUACCGAGCCAGACGUGAAUAAUGAGUGUGAGGCUUCAUUUGCUCUGACCGACACUAUCAAUAUAUCCAAGGAUGGGACCAGGUGGAUCAAGGCAGAGAUCUCUUGCCAACUCAGAGGCAUUGCAGCAUUGAAGGUGGGCACUAUGCGCUUGAAAAAGGUUUUGGACAGCCUGCAAGGUAAAAUUCUUGCUUCUGAGUGCCCAGUAGUAGAGGGCGCACAUCCCCCAGUGGAUUCUAUCCAUGUAACAGGACAUUAUCUUUUCACCAAUGGAACUUCUAAUCAUAAGGGACUUGCUUGUAAGAAGCCUAGCAAGGCUCUCACCAAAAGGAAGAGGAAGAUCCCUCAGAAGGCACCAGCCUUCCGUCCCUCCCCAAUCUCCCUUUCUGAUGACUGUGACUCUGAUGCUCCACCUGCUCCCCCUAUCAAACCCAUCGGGCCUCCCCCCUUUCAUGAAUUCAAAAUUGUGGUGCUUCCGAAGCAACAGAAAAAGGUCAAGAAGAUCGCAAAGGUGAAGGAAGUCAUCUCCCUCAUAUCUAGCGAUGCCCAAUCUGGUUCAGAGGAUGACACUGCUAAGGACAACACCAACUAUGAGGACAAGGCUGCAUCCAACAAGCGACAGGCAAAGUCAGAGGGUAGCUCACAAGCGGCCAAGAAGAGAGCUUCAUCUCCUGAGGCGCAUGUGCCUAAGUACCCAAGGCUUUUUCAGCAAUGGCCAAAGGACAGGGAAGCUCUCAAAGUGACAGCACAGUCAGACCUUAUGAUCUGUGGUUCAUUUUCAGAGGCUGCCACUCAAAGUGCCUUUGUAUCCCUCGCAAACUGUUAG